AUGUCUCUGCUUCUCAUCCUUCUCUUCUCCAUUCUAUUCAACAACUUAUCAAAUAGCUCAGGCUUGUCAUCUCAGCCAGGAAUCUGCUACGGGCAACUCGGAAACAACCUACCAGCACCCUCAAAAUCAAUCUCCCUAAUAAAAUCCCUAAACGCAAAACGCAUCAAACUCUACGACACAAACCCACAAAUCCUCACCUCCUUAAAAAACACCAACCUCCAAGUCUCAAUCAUGCUCCCAAACGAACUCAUCACCAACAUCUCCACCAACCAAACCCUCUCCGACCAAUGGAUCAAAUCCAACAUUCUCCCUUUCUACCCACAAACGCUAAUCCGUUACAUUCUCGUAGGAAACGAAAUCAUUUCCUCCACACCAAACACAACAUGGCCUCACCUCGUACCUGCCAUGCGACGAAUCAAACACUCCUUAAAAAAACUCAGAAUCAAAAAAAUCAAAGUCGAUGUUUACCCCUUUUUUCCAUGGAGCUCCGACCCGGUUAAUAUAAAUUUAGAUUACGCGUUAUUUAGAGGUGAUAAUGUUAAUGUUACGGAUCCGGGUUCGGGUUUGGUUUAUACGAAUUUAUUUGAUCAGAUGGUUGAUUCGGUUUAUUUCGCGAUGGAGAAACUUGGGUUUCCGGAUAUUCGGAUCUUUAUCGCCGAAACGGGUUGGCCCAAUGGAGGUGAUAUUGAUCAAAUUGGUGCUAAUGUUUUUAAUGCGGCGACUUAUAAUCGAAAUUUUGUUAAAAAAGUUAUGAGAAAACCGGUUGUUGGGACUCCGGCUCGACCGGGUUCAGUUCUUCCGAGUUUUUUAUUUGCUUUGUUUAAUGAGAAUCAGAAACCGGGUCCGGGUACGGAGCGGCAUUUUGGAUUGUUGUAUCCGAACGGGUCUAGGGUUUAUGAGAUUGAUCUCUCUGGGGAGACACCGGAGUCGGAGUUUCCAGUGCUUCCUCCGCCGGAGAAUAAUGAGCCUUAUAAGGGGAAGAUUUGGUGUGUGGUGGCGCGUGGGAGUAAUGUGACGGCUUUGGGGGAGGCUUUGGCGUAUGCUUGCUCGCAAGGUAACCAGACUUGUGACCCGGUUCGACCGGGGAGAGAGUGUUUUAAACCGGAUUCUGUUUUUUGGCAUGCUAGCUAUGCGUUUAGUUCUUAUUGGGCGCAGUUUAAGAAGAUUGGAGGAACUUGUUAUUUCAAUGGACUUGCUAUUCAAACUGCAAAGGAUCCAAGUUAUGGAUCUUGCAAGUUUCCAAGUGUGACUCUUUGA